CAAGAGCUUGCUGUGAAAGGCUCGAGACAAGGCAAGCAUCAAAGGGAGCAACAUGGCCUUAAACAUCGUGCUGCACGAGGAUUUGACCAUGCGUGGCGGUGCGCAGAUUUGGCUAGCUGACUGUGGGAAGCGCUUGUCCGAGGCCGGUCACAUCAUCACGUUCAUCCUGCCAGAGGAAUCCCUGAUUCUGCCGGAUGUGGAGGCCUACGCGAAUAAGGUGGUGAAGUAUUCACACGAGAAGAGUGCCGAGGAUCCGGAGAGUUACCAGCCAACGUUUACGGAGGUCUUGAAGUCGGCGCACGUCUGCGUGACGCUGGUUCGGCAGAUUCGUGGGAAGUACCAGAAUGUGAGUUUCAUGGGGAAGUGCAUCAAAAAUGCUGGCCUGAGAACAUUUUUGAUCUCCAAGACGGGCACUUUCGAUCCGACCUACAAAAAGGAGUUUUAUGGCGGGCCCUUGUUGGACGCGGGACAGUGCUGCACGGUGACCAUCGCGGAGUUUACGCGGCAGGCGAUCAUUGACGCCUUCGGCAUCAGCCCGAGCUUGAUCCGGACCAUCUACAACGGCACGGACACGGAGAAGUUCAAGCGCACCCCGGAAAUGGCCGUGGAGGCCCAGAAGCGAUACCCCAUCCCGGCGAUGGCUGACGGGUCCAAGAAGUUUGUAGUGGGCUCCAUCGGGCGCUUCGUGGCUGUCAAGGGCCAAAAAGUGCUGUUGCGGGCCUGCAAGAAGCUCCUGGAAUCCAAGCGCGUGCCUAAUCUGCACGUGUUGAUGGUCGGGGAGGGGGAACUUAAGGAGGACAUCGAGCAGACCGUCGCCAAGGACGCGGAUCUGUCCAGUGCGGUGUCCAUUUACCCCUUCACCAAGGAGCCUUUCUACGUGUUCGAGGCCUGCGACUGCAUCGCGCUGGCCUCGUUCUUGGAGGGUCUGCCGAAUGCGCUGCUGGAGGCCUUGGCCAUGGAGAAGCCUUGCGUGGCCUCGCGGAUCUACGGCAUGCCGGAGGUGGUCGUGGACGGCGCCACGGGCUUCUGCUUCGACGCGGGCAAGGUGGAGGACGAGGCCUCGUGGGAGGCCAUGGCCGACGGCUGCGCGGACGCCAUUGCCAAGAUCGCCGCCCUGGACGAGGCCGGCCGAGCCAAGAUGGCGGAGAACGGCAAGAAGCUGGUUUUUGAGGGCCACGACAAGGUGAAGUGCUUCCAGAGCAUCCUGGACCUUAUCCAGGAGAAGGCCAAGGCAGCACAGGCUGCAGAGCUGGUUGCGCGGGCCGUAGAGGUGGUGGCAGCCUAAGGGAGUGCCAAGCGAGCAGGUGCCCGCCUGCAUGGUCUCAGCCAUUUCAUCCUACCUGUCUCACCCGCUGCAGAAAAGCACCGGAAAGUAUGCUGCGCUUGGCG